GCAUAAACAUUUCUUCUGAAAGUGUCAGUGGUUAUAGAAACAUAUCAAAUAGCAAUAGCUCUAAUUGGCAUGCUGAUCUUAAUAACAUGACACAGUAUUCUCAUGAAUACUCUGUCUCAAAUGAUUUACUAACUGUAGAAAGCAAUCAGUCUUUCUCUGCUAGUGAGACACCUGCCACUGAAUCUCCACACUGUCUGUUGGUAGAUUUUGAUUUGCCAUUUUGUCAUAGUCUGAAAAAUGGUAGUUUCACAAUACCCAACUUUCUUAACCAGAGCAGUGUGGAGGAUGUGCAGUCAUUUCUGGGUGAGUGGGCAUUUCUCAUUCAGUCACACUGCCACAAUGCAGUGGAGUGGUUUUUCUGUUUGCUGGCAAUGCCACGCUGCGGGGUGCCAGGCCUGUCCACACAGAUGCCAUGCCGCAGCUUCUGCGAGGUCCUGAUCGACAACUGCUGGACACUCCUGGAGGACAGACGCCUCCCAGUGGAAUGCAGCUCACUCCCUGAGGAGGGUGAUGAUGGCAAUCAAUGCUUGUCCAUUAGUACCCAGAAAGCAGAGAAAGGUGUUUCGCUCUCGCAGUUGAUUGGUUACCCUCUUCCAAAAGGCAUCACCAGGAGUUAUGAACCAGACUCUGGCUUAGUGUUUGAUCAAAACUCCAAGACUGGUCAGCUGGCUCGUGUGCACCUGCCCAAAUCUUUUUACCGUGACUUCUCUCUUAUGUUCAACCUGAAGCCCACUUCCACCAAAGCUGGAGUGAUCUUCUCAAUCACCGACACCAACCAGAAAAUCAUGUACAUCGGGGUGAAGCUUACACCCAUGAAGGACCAAAAGCAGAAUAUUGUCCUUUUUUACACCGAGCCAGACUCCCAGACAUCCUAUGAGGCUGCAAGCUUCACUGUUCCCUCCCUUGUCAACACCUGGACUCGUUUCUCUCUCAGUGUGUUGGAUGAUAAAGUUACCCUCUACCCCAGUUGUGACUCAGAACCCAAGGUGCUGCCCUUUGAACGUUCUCCGGAUGAAAUGGAGCUGGAUCCAGGAGCCGGGAUCUUUGUGGGUCAAGCUGGAGGAGCUGAUGAUGAUAAGUUUGUGGGUGUUAUUGGAGAUCUAAAGGUGGUCGGAGACCCUCGUGUAGCUGCACAUUAUUGUGAGGAAGAAGAGGAUGAUUCCGAUGGAGCCUCUGGUGAAUAUGGAAGUGGUUUUUUCGGCAGUGGUGAUCACCCAGUCUCGACCACAAGUCAACCUUCCAAACCCCUACAACAACCUCCAGUGAACCCGACAGUGGUAACCGUGAGCAAGGAUGUGCAGAAAGGCUAUGAUGGCUAUGGACGAAUUUCUGGCUCAUACGGCGAUUCCCGUCGAACAUCUGGCUCACACGUUAAUUCUGGACGAUCUUCUGGUUCAUAUGGCACUUCUUCUGGCACUUAUGACCAUUCACAACGAAUAUUUGACUCUCAUGACAAUUCUGAAUCAACAUCUGAUAUAUAUGAAGAUUCCCGGCAUACAUCUGUCAAAGCUGAUGGCAAGCGAACUUCGGUUUGGAUCCACGAUAGCAAGCGAACCUCAGACCGAACUGCCGAUUCAGGGAGAAUUUCAAGCUCAGGGAGGGCAAAAGGUUUGUCUGAGAGCUCCCGACAUAUAAACACCGUGAGUUCUGGUGGCCGUGAAGUUUCUGGCUCCGGUGCUGAUGCUGGAACUUCCAGCUCCCAAGUGCUGUCAGGUGCAGGAGUUCGGGGAGAAAAAGGUGAUAAAGGAGACAGAGGACCUAAAGGAGACCGUGGUCUUCAGGGCCCCAAGGGAGAUCCAGGGUCCAGUAUCGGAUCUGGAGGCGGAGACGGUGCUAAAGGAGAGAAAGGUAGCCAAGGAGAAAAAGGAAUCAAGGGUGCUGCAGGAUUUGGCUAUCCUGGAUCAAAAGGUGACCAAGGACCUGCUGGUCCUCCAGGUCCUCCUGGUCCUCCUGGGCCAAGUGUUGACAUCGUGGAUAGGGAAGACGGCUCUGUAGUUCAGAGUAUCGCAGGGAUGAGGGGACCUGAAGGACCUCCAGGACCUAAAGGACAGCAGGGAAAUGAUGGAGAACCUGGUGACCCUGGUGAAGAUGGAGCUGUUGGACCAAUCGGACCACGUGGUUUCCCAGGAACCCCUGGAGAUUCUGGAGCUAAAGGAGAAAAAGGUGACAAGGGGGAAGGUCAUCCCGGACCCAGGGGACCACCAGGACCUCCGGGACCUCCAGGACUCUCGUAUCGCUCAGACAGGCCUACAUUUGUGGACAUGGAGGGCUCUGGCUUUAAUGAUCUAGAGAGUUUGCGGGGAUUGCCUGGUUUGCCUGGUCCUCCUGGCCCACCUGGCCCACCUGGAGCCCCAGGAUCUGAAGGUAGUUCUGCUGCUUCACAUGCUUCUGUUUCCGGCGUCUCCGGACCUACUGGUCCACCUGGAAAGGAUGGUGCUCCAGGACAAGCGGGACUUCCAGGUGCCCCGGGUUCUGACGGAAAGCCUGGCCUGCCUGGUCCUAAAGGAGAAAAGGGCUCACAGGGGCCUGUAGGAGGACCCGGGCAGCCUGGUCUCGCUGGCCUACCAGGACCAAUGGGACCUGUGGGACCUCCUGGGCCUCCUGGGCCUCCUGGGCCUGGCUACCAUGUUGGAUUUGAGGACCUGGAGGGUUCAGGUGUAAAUGGUUAUGGUGGCGUGCCUGGGGUCAGAGGACCAGAAGGCAUACGGGGUCCACCUGGUCUGCCGGGUCAGCCUGGUGUACCUGGACAGAAAGGAGAUAAAGGUAGCGACGGAAAUCCGGGAACAGUUGGCCAUCCUGGACUUGAUGGCUUUCCUGGCCCACAGGGACCUAAGGGUGACCGAGGAUUUAAAGGAGACAGAGGUGAUCCAGGUCGCGAUGGUGUUGGCCUUCCAGGACCACCUGGACCACCAGGAGAGAUCAUCUAUCGGUCUCCAGACGUUCUUGAGGUUGACGGACGUCUGUCUGGCAUCCCUGGUCAAGCAGGAUUCCCAGGCCCAAUAGGACCGAAGGGUGAUAAAGGAGAUUCCGGUGCUCCAGGACAUAGCAUUAAGGGUGAGAAAGGAGAACCUGGUGUGGUUAUUGGACCUGAUGGAAGCCCUCUGUUUCUUGGUUCAUCACUUGGUCAUAAGGGUGAUAGAGGACCUGCUGGACCUGUUGGACCCCCUGGACCAUACGGUCCUCCCGGCAUGAAGGGUGAAAUCGGAAUGCCAGGCAGACCCGGACGGCCAGGUAUAAUUGGAAGUAAAGGAGAAAAAGGAGAGUCCGGCUCUGGUUCAGGAUACAGUUAUCCAGGUCCUCCAGGUCCUCCAGGUCCACCAGGUCCACCGGGACCAUCAACAUACCCUACAGAUCUAAAUAGAUUUGGUAGAUAUGAGGACUCUGCAAGAGUGUACCAAGGUGCGAAAGGAGAGAAGGGAGAUCGUGGGCUCCCUGGUAUUGCUGGGGCACCAGGCAACUUUGAUGUUUUCACGCUGAAGAAUGAGCUGAAGGGUGAUCGUGGAGACCCCGGGCUGAAAGGAGAGAAGGGCGAGCCGGGCGGACACUACGGUUCUCACUAUGGAGGUGUGCAGGGACCACCAGGACCUCCUGGUCCUAAAGGAGAUUCUAUUGAAGGGCCACCUGGUCCACAGGGUCCACCAGGACCUAGUGGUUAUGAAGGUCGUCCAGGAAACCCAGGAUUACCAGGACCUCCUGGGCCACCUGGUUUACCCUCAUUACCUGGCGCUCACAGACCUACAAUCAGUAUUCCUGGCCCUCCUGGUCCUCCUGGUCCACCUGGCCAAAGCGCUGGAGUGACAGUACUGAGAACAGUUGCCUUGAUGCUUGCAACAGCACAGAGACAACCAGAGGGUUCUCUGUUUUACCUAACGGACACAAGCGAUCUCUAUGUCAGAGUGCGUGAUGGUGUCAGAAAAGUCAUGCUUGUGGAUCAUAACCCCUUCUACAGAGAUUCAAACAAUGAGGUGGCAGCAGUACAGCCUCCCCCAGUAGUGCACUACCCUCCAAGCCACUCAAAUAACGGUGCAGAAGACUACUCCCCUGUCGAUGCUGCAGUCCGGCAGCCAGAGAGCCCUAAGAAUGAACAUCCUCAACCAGACAUUGAUCCAAACUACAGCACACACUACUCCUCUCACCCAGACAGCAGGUACCCACCUCAGCCGGACAGCAGGUACCCACCUCAGCCAGACAGCAGGUACCCACCUCAGCCGGACAGCAGGGACCCACCUCAGCCGGACAGCAGGUACCCACCUCAGCCGGACAGCAGGGACCCACCUCAGCCGGACAGCAGGUACCCACCUCAGCCGGACAGCAGGGACCCACCUCAGCCGGACAGCAGGUACCCACCUCAGCCGGACAGCAGGUACCCACCUCAGCCGGACAGCAGGUACCCACCUCAGCCGGACAGCAGGUACCCACCUCAGCCGGAUAGCAGGUACCCACCUCAACCGGAUAGCAGGUACCCACCUCAACCGGACAGCAGAUACCCACCCCGCACUGAUCAUCACAUCCCUGUACCUCCAGAGAGGUACCCCAUCACGCCAAUCCACAGACCCAGCACACCUGUCCAUCAGCCUGAGGGUCAUGUACACACAUCAGGCCCAGGGCUGCAUAUGAUCGCCCUGAACAGCCCUCAGGUGGGGAACAUGAGGGGCAUCCGUGGCGCAGACUUCCUGUGCUUCCAGCAAGCACGUGCCGCAGGUCUGAAGGGAACAUUUAGGGCUUUCCUUUCCUCCAAACUGCAGGAUCUCUACAGCAUCGUUCGCAAAUCUGACAGAAACACGCUGCCUAUUGUCAACCUCAAGGACCAAGUGCUAUUCAGCAGCUGGGAAUCACUGUUCGGUGAUUCAGAAGGCAGGAUGAAGACCAACGUACCCUUAUAUUCCUUUGACGGCAGGGACAUCCUCAGGGAUAGUGCUUGGCCAGAGAAGAUGAUCUGGCAUGGCUCCAGUGGGAAGGGUCACCGUCAAAUGGAUAACUACUGCGAGACGUGGAGGACGUCAGAUCACGCCGUGAUGGGUCUGGCCUCUUCUCUGCAGGCUGGCCAGCUCCUCCAGCAGAAACCCAACAGCUGCUCCAACAACUACAUAGUGCUGUGUAUCGAGAACAGCUAUAUCACACAGUCUAAGAAGUAAAUGAUCCAUCAGUCCAGAGUGCAGACCACAUUAGGUUAACUGUCUAUUUUUUUCCAAUUUUCCACCCUGUUAAUAAAGUGAAAAACAAAACAAAUAAAACAAAACAAAAAGAAAUUAAAAAUGACAGGGACUGGGUCUGCAUCACAGAGAGGCCGCCCACUGUCCUCUGGUUCCUUUUAUAAUGCCAACAAGACAGGCUGUUGGCGCUGUCUCCCGGCAUUGGCACAUAUUUUCCAGGAGGGGGUUUGAACCAGUGAGGACAGGAAAUACAGUGAGGCAGGGUUUUCAGUUGUAUUUUCCAUAUAAAAUUGUAUAUGAAAUGUUUGUCGCUCCUGUUGGUUUUUAUGUUUCUUUAUAAAAAAAAAUGUCUUAAGUGGUAUAUUUAACCAGUUUAGCUACAUAAGUUUGUGUAACACUGUUUUUGUCUAUUGCUUCCAUUUUCAUGCAAGGAUUUUUUGGAAAUUAAGGGGCAGACAUGUCUAAAACCAUUUUAGAUUUUACAAAGAGAGUAAAUAUUUAUUUUGUGCUUAAAACAAAAUACAAAAAAAGAACCCUAAGUGAUAAAUUUGAAACUGAAUACAGCUUUAUUCUAUUUUAGCUAGCACUUUUUGCUAAAUCUGUUUUCUAUAUAUGCAGGAGAAAGUGUGAAACUAAAAUAGGCUUUUCCCUAAACCAUGAACAACAAAGGGUGGAUUUUUGGUGGAGCCCCUGAAUUUUUCUUUAGCAAACAAAUGUCACUUGUAUGUAGACCAUAGGAUCAAAAUUCUAUGGAAAAAAAUUAUCAGUGGAAACAUAAUACGGAGUUUAUGAAUUUUCUGUUAUUGUUGUUUUUGUUCAUUCCAGACCACUUACUGUAUAAAGAAAAAAAAACAACAACAGUAUAAUUCCAGAAUAUUUCAGAGAACAGUAAAGGUGUUAAAGGUGCUUUUAAUAAAAAAAUACAGUAUCAGUAAUUUCAAACUGCAGUUAUUCACCACUGAGUGGGAAACUCAUUCAGUUGCUGCGUUUUGAAAAUUCGACAUGUACAUUUAGUACAGAGAGUAAUUUAUGAAAUGACGUCCUUUUAUAAUACGUCUGUGUGAAAUCUCGUAUGCUAACUCUGCUGUAGAGCUGGUUAUAUAAGUAUGGCCCUGUGGAACUCACACACUUUUUGUAACUAUUAUGUGCUUUAUCAUUUUUACAUGGCACUGAAUAAAUGAUUUUUCACCAUUCACAUAAAAAA